GGUACGUGUGACCUCCAGGGAAUUCCUGUAUAGAGAGACGGACGGCGCUGCAUUGGGCCAGUCUUCCUUAAAGCGUCGCUGAUUUUACAUAUACUAGCAGUGCGCGUUAAGGACGAGCAUCGGACGCGAGAAAGAAUAGCGGCACAUCCGAGAGACCGACGAUAGAAACAUAGAACCGGUGGUAUUCCGUCGUGACCGAUUUUCUUUUCAUCCUUCAACUUUCGUUCCGAAGCGACGCGCAGCACCAUAUACUCGCACACGUGUAUCGCAACCGCAACCGAGGGAUUGUGACACCUGUCGACGGACGGAUCAUUUCGUAAUGGAAAAAGUGCAUUUCGGUUUCCUUUGAAUCGUUUGCGAUCCUUUUAGGAAAAACAAAAAGAAACAGAUUCGCAACGAAAUACGUUGAUACGAUAAACGUUAGAGAAAGAUACUACCGUUGAGAUAUAAUAUAUACUUCCUCGAGGAGAUCUUUUUCCUCGAUUCCGUUUCGAAACGUUAAAUUUAAGAAGACCGUUCGCUCCGGUUAAGGGGUUGACGUCGACGUCGUGGGAGACUCGUUAUCGCCUGCGUGUACCAUUGGAGCUUGCAGUGGAUCGCAUCCAAAUUUUUAAUUCCUGUCUGCUCAAGCAUUUUCUCACGGGAUCCAGAUUAGAUAAGGAGAAAACACGUCGCAUCUGUUCCCAGCUAUUUGAGAACCUGUUUGUCCAACGCGUUGCGAGUAGGAUGCCCGCACGAUUUUCCACGUCGAUAACGAAUUUUCACCGUGUUUCACGGUCGCACUAGUAAAUCGCGAGUUGCGCGAACCGCCGAUUCCGUGGACGAUUCGCGAACGUGUCGUGAGAAUUUUCGAUCUCGCGAGAGUUUACCUGUUUUCGCAAGGAUGACGUGUAAAAACGUGAUAUUUCUUCUGCAACUGAUACAACUUCCUCUGCUGUUCGGCGGCUGCUUGUCGGAAACGAUCAUAACUGCGCACAACGAUUUCGAAUUCGGGAGCGUUAACGCAGAGGUAGCCGACGAAGUUGAUUGGAGGCAACAUCCAUGUCGGCGGAACUGUGAAGACGGAUCACCGUCCAUGGAAUGCCAUUAUCUCUUUAAAUUAGAGGGUUAUCGUACGAUGAGUAAAGCGUGUUACGAUUGCCCGCGCAAUACCACCGAUUGCUUUCGGCCGCACUGCGUUUCAGCCGACGGAAUCGAAAGGCUUCUUUUAGUCGUUAAUCGCCAAAUGCCGGGACCACCUAUAGAGGUGUGCCAAGGAGACAGGGUAAUAGUCGACGUAAUAAACUUACUGCAUUCUGAGAGCACUACGAUGCAUUGGCACGGACAACAUCACGUUAAAACACCGUACAUGGAUGGCGUUCCCUACGUGUCUCAAUGCCCGAUAUCGCCAGGAUCGAGUUUUCGGUACGAUUAUAUCGCUACAGAAGCAGGCACGCAUUUCUGGCAUUCGCAUCUAGGUUUUCAACGAGGCGAUGGAUUAUUCGGCCCGUUGAUCGUUCGCGUACCUCCGAGUUUAAACUGGCACUAUGAUUUGUACGACGUCGACGAACACACCAUACAGAUCUUGGAUUGGACUCACAGAUUAGGAUCCGAUACAUUUUUGAAUCACUAUCACGCGGACGGGAGCAACAAGCCGCCUACUAUACUUAUCAAUGGUUUGGGUCGUUUCACGGUUGCACAGGGCGGAAACAACGUCUCGGCUUCGAUGCCGAUCGCAACGUUUGUCGUUAAACCGAAUACCAGACACAGAUUUAGGCUUAUCAACGCCGAGUUUCUUAAUUGCCCGGUCGAAUUGUCGAUCGACGGUCACUCUAUGUACGUGAUUAGUUCGGAUGGACGUGACAUCGAACCGAUCGAAGCGGAUUCUUUGGUGAGCUACGCCGGUGAAAGAUUCGACUUCGUCGUUGACACGAAUCGUACCGUGGCCAACUAUUGGAUUCGUUUUCGAGGAUUGAUGGAUUGCGACGAAAGAUUCACCAAAGCUUAUCAAGUGGCUAUACUGCGAUACGAAGGUGCGAUCGAGCAAGAUCCCGAAGGUGAAGUCACGUACGAACGCGAAUCGAACGAUACUCUGGGUCUGCAAUUGAACGCUCUGAACGAAGGUACCGAGACGAAUAGGAGCGUCAGCAUACCUUUGUUGAAAGCUAUGGACGAGAAUGACGAGUCCAAUACCUUGGAGCCCGAUUACCAAUUCUAUGUGUCUUACGAUUUUUACAAGAAAGACAAUCCUCAUUUUCAUCGCAGUAGACUGUACGGAUUCAAUCAAGUUAAGAAUACAAAGCGAGUUCUCACGCCGCAAUUGAAUCAUAUUUCUAUGAAGUUACCGUCUAUACCUCUGCUCUCUCAAAGAGAUUCCAUUGAUCAAAGUGGAUUUUGCAACGAGAGUACCGUACAGGGAUGCAAGGAAGAUUACUGUGCCUGUACUCACGUCCUUCAAGUGAGACUUGGCAGCGUAGUCGAACUAGUUUUAGUAGACGAAGGCUUUGCUUACGACGCGAACCAUCCGUUUCACCUUCACGGUUAUCAGUUUCGCGUUAUCGCGAUGGCGAGAGUCGGUAAAAAUGUUACGGCUGAGGACGUAAAGAAAUUGGAUAAAGAAGGGUUGAUACGCAGAAACUUGGACCACGCUCCGCUGAAGGACACCGUAACGGUACCAGACGGUGGUUACACAAUCGUACGCUUUCACGCUAAUAAUCCAGGUUACUGGUUGUUUCACUGUCACAUUGAAUUUCACGCCGAAGUUGGAAUGUCGUUAAUCUUCAAAGUUGGCGAGCACAAAGAUAUGCUACCGGUACCGCGUAAUUACCCUACCUGCGGUGAUUGGCAGCCCGAGAACACGCGCUCGAAAGAAAGCAACGCGAGCGUUUCAUCGAAUGUUACGGAAAGUAACGCGAUAGAGACCUCGAAUAUUACGACGAACGAAAUUACGGAAGACAGUGCUAGACAACUCGUCAAAUUAAUGAACCAAGUUCUAAGAACGCUGCGAGUUUCGUCCUCGACGCAUACCUCGAUCGUUUCGUACUUUCUGCUUGGUUUCUGUGCUUUCGUUACCGUCGUUUAACGACCCGCGUAAACAGAUCAAUUGUUCGUUAUUUAUUCAUAGUUUCGAUAUAGCCAACCAAAAAAUAUACGCAAGAUUAAGAUAAAUUGUCGAGUCGAUAUUUAGAUACAACUAAUUAUGUUCGAUUCUGCUUGAAAAAAUAUUACGUUGUUCUAAAUAAAAGCAAACUAACGUCAGGGUCUAGGUAUUGCCGUAAUUUUACCAGUGAAGUUGAAAUUUCUACAAAAAAAAAAAAGAAAAA